AUGGCCAACGCAAAUAAUUUCGUCCCCACCAACCAGCUCCGCAAUCUGCGCGCCUGCAUGGUGUGCUCCAUCGUCAAGACUGAGAACCAGUUCAAGAGUCAGGGCUGCCCCAACUGCGAGUCUUUCCUCCAGCUCCGCGGCGAGGACGAGCAAGUGCGCGCCUGCACGAGCCAGGUCUUCGAAGGCCUCAUCACCGUCAGCAACACGACCAAGAGCUGGGUCGCCCGGUGGCAGCGGCUCGAGGGCUACGUGCCGGGCGUCUACGCCGUGCAGGUCGAGGGCCUGCUGCCCGAAGACGUGAUUUCGGCCGCCGAGGACGCUGGUGUUCACUACAUCCCGAGAGAUGGAUCGGUGAACGAGGCGCUUCCCACCGAUGCUUGA